CAGUGUGUUGGCAAAAUAAUUUUUUUUAAAAGCAAUUAAAUGUGACAGGUUCAGUGGACAAUUUGGUGUCAUUUUUAAUUUAAAAUUGUUAAUAAUGUCAUCGUGGCUUAACUUUAACGACAGUUUUAAUAACAUAAAAGGGCAAAUAACAAAUUUGGCAAAGGAUGUUUUGGCAGUAGACGAAGAGAAUGAACAUUCCGAAAAAACUUAUGAAGAGAUCAAUAGAAUAUGUCAACAACAAGAACUACAAAUUCAAGAGCUGCUUAGUGUUAUUGAAGCAAAUAAACUAAAAGUUAACAAUGGCGAAUCUUCCCAAUCGAAUGCUUUCGGAGACACUUGGAACUGGCAAGAACAAGUUCUCAUACCACCAAAGCCGGAAAGCAGCCAAAACGACGAUACAAAAACGGUGGAAAACCUGAAAAAACUUGUGGAACAACUGAAAACCGAAAAAAAUGAACUGGAAACGGCACUCGAGCAGUUGGACUCUGACAACCAACAAAACAUUUCCGAAAUAAUGUCGAUUAAAGAUAAAUUGCAGGAGGAAAAUAACGAGGUCAAAGAAAAAUGCGAACAGCUUCAGCAAAUGAAUAAAAAGUUCAAUAUAAAAGAAGCAAAUUUUAAGAAAUCGUUUGAGGAACUUAAAAGCAAAUAUGACGCUCUAAAACAAAAGCAACCUUCAACCCCAAAUGAAACCUCGAAUCAAUCAACAAUCAUAGAAGAAAACCGCAAGCUAAAACACGAUAUUGAAGAGUGCCAAAAAGAACUAACCUUCGUUAAAAGUGCCAACUUAACCCUGCAAAAAGUAUUGGAAGACCUAAAAAACGCCGACGAAGAUUCCGUAACCAUACUUCAGAACGAAAACAAACUCCUUUACGCCGAACUUCAAAAAUCCAAGCAAGCAAUCACUGAGUUUGAAAGGAAAAACAUCGAAGAUACGGAGAAUUGCGCCAAAUUGGCCGACAUCUUGGACAGCUAUGAGAAACAAGUGAGCGCGUUGAAGGAAGAACUGUCAACUUUACACAGCCAACAAGAUAAUAUAGCAGGUUACGAUCAACUCAUAAAAGAGUUAAAGGCGGCUAAUAAUCAAAGUUUGGAAGACAUUGAGAAGUUGAGCGUUAAAUAUGAAAGUUUGUCGAAACAAUAUAAAGAAUUAACCGAGGAAAAUCAAGGAGUCCACAAGAAGUAUGUUAAUAUUGUAACGGAAAACGUGAAAAGAUAUCUAGAGGGCGAAAAAACUUCAGAUAGCAACACAGAAGAGGAUAAUGAACUGAGCGAGUUCAAAAAGCAAGUGGAAAAUAUUUUGGACAUGCUCCUGGAUUUUAAAACAAAAAUCGAGUCUCUUGAAAAGGAAGUUUUUGAGUUGAAUCAGGACAAAAAUAAAAUUCUUUCAGAGAAAAACCAUGAGAUUGAAAAAUUGAUACAAAAUUCUGAAGAGUUAAGUCAAGAAGUUAUUUCUAAAUCGCGAAUCGUGAAAGAGUACGAAAAUGAAUGUUCCGAAUUGGAGAAAAAUAACGAACUGCUUAUUAAAGAGUUGGACGCCCAUAAGAAUAAUUCAGGGCUCCAAACAAUCACAGAAACCAACGAAGAGAAUGUUAUAAUGUUAGAAUCUGAAGUGGAAGAUGCAAAUAAAAGGAUAAAUUACCUGGAAGGCGUAAUAGAUGAUUACGAAAAACAUAAAACAUUCCACGAAGAUGACUCCAUACCGCUAGAAACGCAGUUAGAUAUUUCCAAAAUCCGUAUCGAGGAACUGGAAAAAAUCAUACUGGACAUGGAGAACGAGAAAGACAGUCAAAAUCAAAAACUUGAAGUAGAUACCACAAACAAAAGUCACGACUUCCAAGAUUUACUGGGCAAAUACGACCAACUCUUGAUCGACAGCGAAAGUUACAAGCACGACUUGAAAGUAGCCGAAGGCGAUUUAAAAUCGAGCAGUCUAGAAAUCGAAAAUUUGAACCACGAUCUGGACAAACUCAAAUCCGAUUUGGAGAAUUCCGAGUACCAAUCGUCUGAGUUGAACAUUAACAUGGAGGGUUUAAAGGACGAAUUGGAACUGGCGAAAAUGGAAAUCGAAAGAAUACUGAAAGAAAAACAAUUGCUAAUGCAACGACAGAAUGAAAACGACUGCAACACCGAGGAUAUACGAACGGAGCUUAACUUUGUUCGCGAACAGUUACUAUUAGAGGAAGAUCAGAGGAGAAAAGGCGAGUCGGAAAUAAGAAUGUUGAAAGAAAAGUUGCAGGCUUGCAAAAUUUCGGAAACGCAGCUAAAAUUGCAGUGCGAUGCUCUAAGUAAAGAAUUAGUAGUAGCUAACGAAGGCAAAAAUAACUUAAAUACGAGUGCAAUGCGUAUAAAAGAGCUUGAAGGUAAUUGUUUGGAAAUGAAAAAGAAGAAUGAGGAGUUGGUGGAGGAUUUAAAUAACAUGAGAGUUGCUAAAGAUGCGGAGUUGGUAGAUUUAAAGCUAAGUGUUGAGGAGUUGGAAAAAAAAUUAUCCACAAUUGAAAAUAAAAAUGAUGUGAUAAAGGAAACAAUAAUACCAGUACAGUCAACAAACAGUGGUGAACAGUUAAAAGCUGCAUUGGAGGGCAAAAUAUACCUGGAAAAUGACAUGAAAGACCUACAAACAAAAUUAACUGAAUUGGUUUCGAAUCAUGAGAAACUCCAACAAGCAUUUGCAACGAAAGAAAAGGAAAUAGAGCAAAUGAAUGCAUCAAGAAACGAAUUAAUAGCGAUGGUUAAAACAAAAGACCAAGAAAGUGUAACUUAUUACAACGAAAUUCAGAGGUUGAUGCAAAUGUUGCAGCUGGAAUCGGAAAAAAGCACAAACUUGGAGAUGCAGCAACAAAACCUAGUAAGAAGCGAAGAAUUCAACAAACUUAAAGAAGAACAUGAAAAAUUGACGGACCAAAAUGGUUUUCUGAAGCAAAAAUGCGAAGUUCUGGCCGAAAAUUUGCUGCAAGAGCAAUCGAAAGUACAAACAGUAUUAUCGGAAAAAUCCAGCACCAGUGAGAGGGAGCAAUCCCUGCUAAAAGAACUCGAUAGGCUUAAAACGCAUUUGAUCGAAGUCGAAGAAACUCUCACCCAGGAACUUGUGGAGGCUGAGCGGAAAAAUGCAGAACUCUUGAGUAAAGUCAAAGAUAUCGAGGAAAAGGAGAAGAAUUCGAGCACCAUGUACACUUCCAUCAGCAUAAGGGCCAACCAGCAAGUCGAAGUUUUACAAAAACAAGUGCAAUCUUUAACCAGCCAACGCGAGGAGUUGAGAAGAAAAAUGUCCGACGCAGAAGAUGAGAAUAACAAAAAGGGUGCGGCGUUAGCCAACUUACAGUUUGUCUUGGAGCAAUUCAGAAAAGAUAAAGAAAAGGAUGUACAUCAGGAGACAGAACGUAUAAGGAGGCAAAUAGCCGUGGAAAAAAGCGUGCAGGAAGAAUUAAAGAGGGAAAUUCACAACAUAAAACAACAGCUGGAGGAAAGCAAACAAGGUUUACAGGCGGCCGCCAGGUUAUCUGAACAGUUAGAGUUGUCUAAAAGACUUACCGUAACUCUUAAAGAAGAAGUAACUCAGCUACAAUCCAAACUAGACAAGUCCGAAGAAAAAGUCAGAAACAUCGCGAGCCAAACCGACGGAAAAGUUGAAAAAUCCCUGGUAAAAAACCUCAUCAUUGGCUAUGUGUCCUCCAACCCAACCAUGAACAAGGACCAAUCGCAAAUCCUAAAAAUAAUUGCGACUGUCCUCGAUUUCAACCAACAAGAUCACGAUAAACUGAGCAGUAGCAAAGCGCAGAAUGCGUCCUGGUUGGGUUCUCUACUAUCACCCCAAAAUAACCAAAAUUUGACGCAGGAAUCACUGUCGCAAGCUUUUGUUAAGUUUUUGGAGAACGAAUCGAAACCAAGAGUGGUCCCCAGCCUCCUAAGUGAACCUUCCACGACUAAAAACGGAAACAAAACCACAUCGACGACGUCACAACAGUCACCCAUAGUUUUAAGUGAAAUCAUGUUGCCUACCUUCGCCGAUUUUGCGCAAAACAGGAAUUCAAGCUCUAUUCUAAAAGAUGUAUUAAAAGAUAGCACUAACAGCAGUUAACUGUUUAUUCGUUUGUUUAUACAUUGUUUAAAGUAUAAUAUAAUAUAUUAUACAUAUUAUGAAAGUGUAAGAUUUUUUAACAAU